AUACAGCGCCGGCUCACCAGCAUCACCACACCUGGGCGUCCCGGCGUCGAAACUACACUUCCUCCGCCUCUCCUCCUCUGUGCAGCUCACACAGUCACACGGCGCUCCCUGAGUGACGUCACAUCGCCGUGGCCACGCCCCUGCCCGAGGCACCAAUCAGAUUUGAGGAGUAGGAGGAUGGGGAUGUCAGAGGCAUCAGCGGCACAGACUGAGGCGCAGUGCUGGGUGCAUGUAAGCGGGUAACCCGCUCUGCCUGCUGCCACCGCCACCCCAACUGCAUGCCAGCCCCUAAUGCCAGGCAUCAUAAUGGGAUAUAAUGUCCCUACACAGGUUUGGUGGUGCUUGAAUACACCAAAAUAAUCCAGACACAGAGACUCUGCUAUAUGGGUAGGAGCUGGACCAAGCCGUGAAUUGAGACACUGGUCCUCAGCCACGAUGGACGAAGAAGGGACAGAGUGGCUUGUUGUCGCUUUACAUCGGCUUGUUUCCUGGGGAGCAUCAGCUGCCAUGAUCUUUGGGGGAAUAGUGCCAUAUAUACCCCAGUACAGGGACAUUAGAAGAACCGAAAAUGCAGAAGGAUUCUCCGUUUAUGUUUGUCUUAUGCUAUUAGUAGCAAAUAUAUUGCGGAUACUGUUUUGGUUUGGCCGUCACUUUGAAUCCCCGCUCCUGUGGCAGAGUAUCAUUAUGAUUGUUACCAUGCUCCUGAUGCUGAAGCUGUGCACAGAAGUGCGUGUUGCAACUGACGUGAGCACCAGGCGCCGCUUGUUUACAGCCUCAGAUAGUAAGGAUGAAGAACUCAAAACUCAUCCCAAGAGAUGCUUUCUGGAUUUUGAUAUGAACUUCUUCUGGCACUGGAGCAGAUUCAUAGACUACGUGCAGUGUGUGCUGGCGUUCACUGGUGUGGUUGGUUACAUCACCUAUCUGUCCCUGGACUCUGUGCUCUAUGUAGAGACAUUGGGCUUUCUUGCAGUAUUCACAGAGGCUAUGCUUGGUGUUCCCCAGCUUUAUAGAAAUCAUCAGAACAACUCAACAGAGGGAAUGAGCAUCAAAAUGGUUCUUAUGUGGACCAGUGGAGACACUUUUAAGACGGUGUACUUUGUGCUGAACCAGGCUCCCUUCCAGUUUACAGUUUGUGGGCUCCUGCAGGUCCUUGUAGACAUUGCCAUCUUGCUUCAGGUGUACAUCUACAGCGGAUACCCUCAGAAGCCAGUGUCACACAUCACACACGUUACCAGUGCCAAAGCUCUAUGAUGAACAGAACAUGUACUGUCUGAUCUCGUGCUUCCCAUUCCCGGAACUGACUCUGCAGUAGUAAUGCAAAUAUCUGAGCGUAUCAUGAACUCUCUGCCUAGAUUUUUAAUCUUUUUUUUCUCUUACGUCCUAGAGGAUGCUGGGGACUCCGUAAGGACCAUGGGGAAUAGACGGGCUCUGCAGGAGACAUGGGCACUAAAAAAGAACUUUAGGUAUGGGUGUGCACUGGCUCCUCCCUCUAUGCCCCUCCUCCAAACCUCAGUUUGAUACUGUGCCCAGGGGAGACUGGGUGCAUUACAGGGAGCUCUCCUGAGUUUCCUGAAAAGAAAUAAUCUUGGAUAGGUUUUUUAUUUUCAGGGAGCCUGCUGGCAACAGGCUCCCUGCAGCGAGGGACUGAGGAGAGAGAAGCAGACCUACUUAACUGCUAGGCUCUGCUUCUUAGGCUACUGGACACCAUUAGCUCCAGAGGGAGUCGGAACGCAGGUCUCUCCUAGCUGUUCGUCCCGGAGCCGCCCCGCCGUCCUUCUCACAGAGCCGGAAGAUAGAAGCCGGGUGAGUAUAAGAAGAAAGAAGACUUCAGAGGCGGCAGAAGACUUCAGAUCUUCAUAGAGGUAACGCGCAGCGGUAACGCUGCGCGCCAUUGCUCCCACACGACACACACGCGGCAGGCACUGUAAGGGUGCAGGGCGCAAGGGGGGGCGCCCUGGCAGCAUUUUAAACCUCUGUUCUGGCAAUAAGGGACAUAUAUGGGCUCUGUACUGUAUAUUCUGACAUCCCCCGCCAGUUUUAAAAGAAAUCGAGCGGGACCGAAGCCCGCCGCUGAGGGGGCGGAGCUUGAUCCUCAGCACUCACCAGCGCCAUUUUCUCCACAGCACACCGCUGGGAAGUUGGUUCCCCGGACUCUCCCCUGCUGAAUACGGUGACAGAGGGUUUGAAAGAAGGGGGGAAGGCACAUAAUUUGGCGCAGUGUUAUAUAUAUAUAUAUAUAUAUAUAUAUAUAUAUAUAUAUAUAUAUAUAUAUAUAAGAAAUAAAAGCGCUAUCUGGGUUAAUUUUUUCCCUGGGUCAUUGGCGCUGGGUGUGUGCUGGCAUACUCUCUCUCUGUCUCUCCAAAGGGCCUUGUGGGGGAACUGUCUCCAGAUAGAGAAUUCCCUGAGUGUGUGGUGUGUCGGUACGCGUGUGUCGGCAUGUCUGAAGCGGAAGGCUCUUCUAGGGAGGAGGUGGAGCAAAUGAGUUUGGUGUCUCCGUCGGCAACGUCGACACCUGACUGGUUGGAUAUAUGGAAUGUUUUAAAUGCAAAUGUGAAUUUAUUGCACAAAAGGUUGGACAAAGCUGAGUCCAGGGAAUGUACAGGGAGUGUAGCCCUGCCUUUCACUAGGUCACAGGGACCUUCUGGGUCUCAAAAGAGCCCACUAUCCAAAAUAGUAGACACUGAUACCGACACGGAUUCUGACUCCAGUGUCGACUACGAUGAUCCAAAGUUGCAGCCAAAAUUGGCUAAAAGUAUUCAUUAUAUGAUUAUUGGUAUAAAAGAGGUGUUGCAUAUCACGGAUGAACCCGCUGUCCCUGAGACACGAGGGUUCACAUGUUUUAAGAAAAGAAACCUGAGGUAACCUUUCCUCCAUCUCAUGAGCUGAACGAAUUAUUUGACAAGGCUUGGGAAUCUCCAGAUAAAAAACUGCAGAUUCCCAAAAGGAUUCUUAUGGCGUAUCCUUUCCCGGCUAAGGACAGGAUACGAUGGGAAUCCUCCCCAAGGGUGGACAAAGCGUUGACACGCUUAUCCAAAAAGGUAGCGCUGCCAUCUCAAGAUACGGCAACCCUCAAGGAUCCUGCUGAUCGCAGGCAGGAGACUACCUUGAAGUCUAUUUACACACAUACUGGUACCUUACUCAGACCGGCGAUAGCGUCGGCUUGGGUUUGUAGCGCUGUAGCAGCGUGGACAGAUACCUUAUCGGCUGAUAGAGAUUCGCUGGAUAAGGAAACCAUUUUAUUGACCCUGGGUCAUGUUAAAGAUGCUGUCCUAUAUAUGAGAGAUGCUCAGAGAGACAUUGGCCUACUGGGUUCCAGGGCCAACGCUAUGGCGAUUUCGGCUAGGCGAGCCCUAUGGACCCGACAAUGGACGGGCGAUGCAGACUCGAAGAGGCAUAUGGAGGUUUUACCGUACAAGGGUGAGGAAUUGUUUGGGGAAGGUCUCACGGACCUAGUUUCCACGGCUACGGCAGGUAAAUCAACCUUUUUGCCUUAUGAUUCCUCACAGCCUAAGAAAACGCCACAUUAUCAGAUGCAGUCCUUUCGGUCGCAUAAACCCAAGAGAGUGCGGGGAUCUUCCUUUCUUGCCAGAGGUAAGGGCAAGGGGAAAAAUCUGCCAGCCACAGCUAGUUCCGAGGAACAGAAGUCCUCCCCGGCCUCUACAAAAUCCACCGCAUGACGCUGGGGCUCAGCCGCGUCUGGGUUCAAUCACAGGUGGAUCCCUGGGCAAUAGAAAUUGUUUCCCAGGGUUACAAGCUGGAAUUCGAAGAGGUGCCUCCUCGCCGAUUUUUCAAAUCGGCCCUGCUGGCUUCUCCCCCAGAGAGGAGUGUUAAAAGCUAUUCAAAAAUUGUGUCUUUAACAAGUGGUGGUCAAAGUCCCCCUGCUACAGCAGGGGAUGGGGUAUUACUCAACCCUGUUUGUAGUCCCGAAACCGGACGGUUCGGUCAAGCCUAUUUUGAAUUUAAAAUCCUUAAACCUAUACUUAAGAAGGUUCAAGUUCAAGAUGGAGUCGCUCAGAGCGGUCAUCGCCAGCCUGGAAGGGGGGGGAUUUUAUAUGGUGUCCCUGGACAUAAAGGAUGCAUACCUUCAUGUCCCCAUAUAUCCGCCUCAUCAGGCGUUCCUGAGGUUUGCUGUACAGGAUUGUCAUUACCAAUUUCAGACGUUGCCGUUUGGGCUUUCCACGGCCCCGAGGAUUUUCACCAAGGUAAUGGCGGAAAUGAUGGUGCUCCUGCGCAAGCAGGGUGUCACAAUUUUCCGUACUUGGACGAUCUCCUGAUAAAAGCUAGAUCGAGAGAACAGUUGCUGAACAGCGUAUCACUCUCCCUGAGGGUGUUGCAACAGCACGGCUGGAUUCUCAAUAUCUCAAAGUCACAGUUGAUUCCAACGACUCAUUUGCCCUUCUUAGGCAUGAUUCUGGAUACGGAAAAGAGUUUAUCUUCCGAUGGAAAAGGCCCAAGAACUCAUGUCUUUGGUCAGGGACCUAUUGAAGCCAACAUGGGUGUCGGUGCAUCACUGCACUCGAGUUCUGGGAAAGAUGGUGGCGACUUACGAGGCCAUUCCAUUCGGCAGGUUCCAUGCAAGAACUUUUCAAUGGGACCUUCUGGACAAGUAGUCCGGGUCACAUCUACAGAUUCAUCAGAUGAUCACCCUGUCCCCCAGGGCCAGGGUAUCUCUCCUGUGGUGGCUGCAGAGUACUCACCUUCUGGAGGGUCGCAGGUUCGGCAUUCAGGACUGGGUUCUGGUAACCACGCACGCGAGCAUCCGAGGUUGGGGUGCAGUCACACAGGGAAGAAACUUCCAGGGUCUCUGGUCAAGCCAGGAGGCUUGUCUUCACAUCAACGUACUGAAGUUGAGGGCCAUAUACAACGCCCUUCGACAAGCGGAAAAUUUGCUUCGCGACCUACCGGUUCUGAUCCAGUCGGACAACAUCACCGCAGUGGCGCAUGUAAACCGCCAAGGCGGAACAAAGAGCAGAUUGGCAAUGGCGGAAGCCACCAGGAUUCUUCGCUGGGCGGAAAAUCAUGUAAGCGCCCUGACAGCAGUCUUCAUUCCGGGAGUAGACAACUGGGAAGCGGACUUCCUCAGCAGACACGAUCUACAUCCAGGAGAAUGGGGACUUCAUCAGGAAGUCUUCGCAGAGAUUGCAAGUCAGUGGGGACUGCCCCUGAUAGACAUGAAGGCGUCACGCCUCAACAAAAAACUACCGUGGUAUUGCGCCUGGUCAAGGGACCCUCAGGCGGUAGCAGUGGACACCCUGGUGACACCGUGGGUGUUCCAGUCGGUCUAUGUGUUUCCUCCUCUUCCUCUCAUAUCCAAGAUAUUGAGAAUCAUAAGACGAAGAGGAGUACAGACAAUUCUCAUUGUUCCAGAUUGGCCUCGAAGGGCCUGGUAUCCGGAGCUUCAGGAAAUGCUCACAGAAGAUCCGUGGCCUCUUCCUCUCAGAGAGGACCUGUUACAAUAGGGGCCCUGUCUGUUCCAAGACUUACCGCGGCUGCGUUUGACGGCAUGGCGGUUGAACGGCGGAUCCUAGUGGAAAAGGGCAUUCCGGAUGAGGUCAUUCCUACUCUGAUAAAGGCUAGGAAGGACGUGACAGCAAACCAUUAUCACCGUAUUUGGAGGAAGUAUGUCUCUUGGUGUGAGUCCAGGAAUGCUCCUCCGGAAGAAUUCCAUCUGGGCCGUUUCCUUCACUUCCUACAGACUGGAGUGAAUUUGGGCCUAAAAUUAGGCUCCAUUAAGGUUCAGAUUUCGGACGUAUCCAUUUUCUUUCAGAAGGAAUUGGCUUCUCUUCCGGAAGUACAGACUUUUGUGAAGGGAGUGCUGCAUAUCCAGCCUCCUUUUGUACCUCCAGUGCACCCUGGGACCUUAACGUGGUGUUGCGGUUCCUUAAGUCUCACUGGUUUGAACCUCUUAAAACGGUGGAAUUAAAGUAUCUCACUUUUUGCCCAAGGUGGUUUCAUCUUUUCAUAUGAACCAACCUAUUGUGGUGCCUGUGGCUACGCGGGACUUGGAGGAUUCCGAGUCCCUUGAUGUGGUCAGGGCAUUGAAAAUGUAUGUGGCCAGAACGGCUUGGGUUAGGAAAACAGAGGCACUGUUUGUCCUGUAUGCAGCCAACAAGGUUGGCGCUCCUGCUUCUAAGCAGACUAUUGCUCGCUGGAUCUGUAACACGAUUCAGCAGGCUCAUUCUACGGCUGGAUUGCCGUUACCAAAUUCUGUAAAGGCCCAUUCCACUAGGAAGGUGGGCUCUUCUUGGGCGGCUGCCCGAGGUGUCUCGGCAUUACAGCUUUGCCGAGGAGCGACUUGGUCGGGUUCAAACACCUUUGCAAAGUUCUACAAGUUUGAUACCCUGGCUGAUGAGGACCUCAUGUUUGCUCAAUCGGUGCUGCAGAGUCAUCCGCACUCUCCCGCCCGUUUUGGAGCUUUGGUAUAAUCCCCAUAGUCCUUACGGAGUCCCCAGCAUCCUCUAGGAUUUAAGAGAAAAUAAGAUUUUAAACCUAACUGUAAAUCUUUUUCUCCUAGUCCGUAGAGGAUGCUGGGCACCCGUCCCAGUGUGGACUACAUUCUGCAAGACUUGUAUACAGUUUCUUGCUUACAUAAGGGUUAUGUUACAGUUUUGAUCAGUCUCGGGCUGAUGCUGUUUUGUUUCAUACUGUUGACUGGUUCGUAUAUCCAUGUUAUACGGUGUGGAUGGUGUGGGCUGGUAUGAAUCUUGCCCUUAGAUUAACAAAAAUCCUUUCCUCGUACUGUCCGUCUCCUCUGGGCACAGUUUCUCUAACUGAGGUCUGGAGGAGGGGCAUAGAGGGAGGAGCCAGUGCACACCCAUACCUAAAGUUCUUUUUGAGCCCGUCUAUUCCCCAUGGUCCUUACGGAGUCCCCAGCAUCCUCUACGGACUAGGAGAAAAAGAUUUACCGGUAAGUUUAAAAUCUUAUUUUUUAUUUUCUAUUUUAAGAUUUGCUACAAUCCAGUUGCUCUGUCAGUUUCUUCAUUAAACUCUUCUCCUAUUGUUUGGGGUAAAUUCAGGUUUUAUUUCGUAAGUAUUCACUGUUUACGUGUUUAUAUUGGAAUACAUGCUUAUCAACUGUGGACCUCACACUGGAUGCACACUGCAUAUAACUUUCUUGUUGUACUCAUGCAACUAGGUGAUCUGCCCAGCGCACUUGAAGGGAGCAAACCUACUUUAGCCUUUGGGAAGGUACCACUGCAAUCUUGAUGAGGACCUAGUUAUGCAGGGAGACGUAGGAAUAACAGCAAAUGCUUACCAUCGUAUUACCUCCCCUCAUUACAUCUCUUCCAUUUUUAAAUACAGCUCAAUUUAACCUUAUUUAAGUCUUAAAGUAUUUGUGAAAAUAAGGGGACACCAGGGUUCUCUUUAUUAUAUUAUAUGUGGCAUAUUUGUAUAGAGUAUGUGAGCAUUUCUUUUAACAUUAGACAAAGUUGUGCCUAAUAAUAAUGCAGCUUGCAGGUGUUAGAUCAAGACACCGUUUCCAUCAGUUGUGAGGUUGUGCAAAAUUGAUAUUCUUUUGAGGAGUGGACAAAGUGGUACAUCUUUCUGGAAAACAAGGAAUGUCCUUUACAAGUAGUGCACCUUCUGCACAACGUCAUCUACUUUGUAUAUUAUGCCUCAAAACCAAAUCUAAUUUUUGCACUACUCUACAUAGCUAGAUACACGUUUGUCUACUCCUUACUUUAAAGAGAGUGUUUGCAGCCCACAUAGAGCUAUCUGCACCUUGAUAAAUACAAACAAACUAGUGCUCCACAAACCAUUGCACUUUUGAGAAAACCAAGGUGCACCAGCUCAUAUCUAGGCAUGUGACCGUAUUAUAGAGGAUUUUGUAUAUGGGCUUUUUGUUCAUAAUCAGUAAGGUACUGUGUGUACAAAGACAUUUAUUAGUGUCAAGUGUGUAGAAAUGAAUCUCCAAUUUCACUUUACGUUGUCAGUGUUACUCUAUCAGACUGCUGCCCACUUGUUCCUAUGGGCCAGCUAAUUACUGUAUGAGGCCUGGAACACAGUACUAUGCAGUGGUGUACAGAGGUCCUUCUACCAGGUAUUCUCCAUAAAUGUUGGGCGUUCUUCCUUCAACCUCUUUGCACAAUAAUUACUGGAGGCUAUUUUAAAUUUGUCUGACCUGUGUCUAUAGCUUUACAUUAUUAGAUUUUUUUUCUCAGAUGUUUAUGACUUGCACAUUAUUCAUAGACACAUAUCUCUAUUCAAUUAUAUAGGGCACUUUUACUUCCAGUCUAUGAUUAUACAGGUUGAGUAUCCCAUAUCCAAAUAUUCCGAAAUACGGAAUAUUCCGAAAUACGGACUUUUUUUGAGUGAGAGUGAGAUAGUGAAACCUUUGUUUUUUGAUGGCUCAAUGUACACAAACUUUGUUUAAUACACACAGUUAUUAAAAUAUUGUAUUAAAUGACCUUCAGGCUGUGUGUAUAAGGUGUAUAUGAAACAUAAAUGAAUUGUGUGAAUGUAGAUACACUUUGUUCAAUGCACAAAGUUACAAAAAAUAUUGGCUAAAAUUGCCUUCAGGCUGUGUGUAUAUGUAACAUAAAUGCAUUUUGUGCUUAGACUUGGGUCCCAUCACCAUGAUAUCUCAUUAUGAUAUGCAAUUAUUCCAAAAUACGGAAAAAUCCGAUAUCCAAAAUACCUCUGGUCCCACGCAUUUUGGAUAAGGGAUACUCAACCUGUAUGUUUAAAUGUGGCCACGAUUUAUUAAGUCGUGUAUGUAUGUAUGUAUAUAUAUAUAUAUAUAUACACACACACAUAUAUAUUUGCCCUGAAAUUGUAACAUUAUACUAUAAGCAAACACUCAAUAAUAGUAUUUCUAAAUGAUUUUAACCAGAAAUGGUGUAGUUGCCAUUAUAACCUGUCCAUCUUGCUUUUACAUGCUUAUUUAGGCUCACUUGCCUGUAUAGAUGUUCAACAAACUGUACUAAAUGUUCCAGUAUUCCAGUGGGAUGUUAAAGGCGGUGGCUUCUAUAUAAACAAUAUAAAUGUUCACAGCCGUUACAUGAAUGUUACAAAGCCGUCCACAUAACGGCCGUAUAUGUAAAAUGUUACUGACAUUUAUGGAAUUGUCUGCAUACAAGUUGCAUUUUAGCAUUAUUUUAAAUUCUGAAUAUAAACUUUGUAGUCACAAUGCCUUGCCAGAACACACACAGAUUGUCUAUGUAUUGAGGGGAAUGAGUUAAGCUACCAUUGCUUUGUUUUUUUCUAUUAUUACAAACACGUUUUUGUUUUGCAGUUUUUGGUGGAUACAUUUCGCAAAAUAUGAAUGGGUUUUGUUUUUUUAAUAAAUACCAUGAAAAAGUAUGCAAUCUAUGUUUAGUUGUAACAAACAGCUUGACUGCUGAGAACACUUUAUUGCUUGCAACACAAUUUGGAGUUCCAGCAGUGGAAGUUGUUUUUUUUUUUUUUUUUUUUUGGGGGG